AUGAAAAAACGAUUAUCCAACCAUCAAGAUGAACUAUUUCGAAUUAAAGAGUUUUUGAUAGCUAAUAAUCCAGCAAAGAUUAACGAUGAAAAUAAAAACGAUACAUUGACCAAAUUCGAGCAAAAUUUCGGAUAUCUGGUCCAAUAUAUUAAAGAUGGGCUACCGGAUUUAAACGAAUCCACGAAGUUGAUUUUCCCGGACACUUUCUCGAUUUGUUUGUUAAGAAGUCACCAAAUCAUUGUAAGCAAAAAGAUUGAUUCUGAAAAAUAUUUAUCGGUUGUAAGUAAGGAUAUUUUAACUGUCACGAAUAGUAACGCUAUCUUUGAAUAUGUUCUUGACUAUUGGGCUGAUGGUGGCGCUCCGUUGACGAACGCUUUGAGAGAUCUCUUCGGGAAAUUACUGAAUUUACUAAAAGUUAUAUAUCCUAUGUCAGUUUUGAAGGAUAUUUUAUUUAAUUGGAUGAACGAGAUAUUAGAAAUACCCUCUACAUUACGUGUCCAAUACUACUUAAUUGAUGCGCUUUCUUCUGACUUUGAUCUCUACUACAUUUUAGAAAAAAAGCCAAACUUCAUCGAAAACUCCUUCUCUUUGAUGGGCUCCGAUUUACUAGCCAACCCAGUCGGAAAAUGUGUUGUUGGCUUACUGAUAAACGUUUAUAAAAUGCAUUUUAAAGAGAAUGUGAAUUUUAUCGAGGAAUGGAUACAAUUGUGGAAAAAUCCGGCUCUGAAAUUCAUUCAUGACAGUCGGUAUACCAAAUCCAUCAAUUUGUAUGUUAUGAUUCCGUUAUUUAGAAAUAUGCCGAAUACAGCUUUUACGAGUUUUCUUAAACAGAUGCCUAUUAAGGAUCCAUCACUCCUGCUUUCGCUAUUAAAAAUUGGGCAGGAACUGGGUAUAGAAGAAGAGCCAUUUCAUGACAACAAAUAUGCCACGAUAGAGUUGGUCAAUAAACUUCUGGAGCAAGAUGAAUUUAAACUCCAAGUAUUUGAAAUACUAACUUUUUCGACGAAAAAAUCGAAGCCCAUCCAUCCCUAUAUUUUUAAAAUCAUUGAACAACACUUGAAUGCAUUCUUUGUGGAUACAGAACUUGAACGGAGAAAUUACUUUUGUAGUUCUAUGAAGCAUUUCAUUUUUCGAGUUAGAGAUUGCACAUAUUCUUUAGCCAGAGAUGCGGGAAAGCUUAAAAAGGCUGGGAAAUUUCCUGAUGAGCAGAAGGAAAAACUAACCCAAGUAGAAGAAUCGCGUGCCUUUUUAGCUUGGUUAUGUGGUUAUAUCAAACACCAAUUGGCACCAGGUUCUUUGUACCAAAGUAACGUAACAGCCCUGAAACUUUUACGUAUACUAAUUAAGUCUGGUAUUGAUAAAGUUACGCCACAUCAGUUUUUGGAUAACCAAAACAAAAGAGAAUACCCAUUUUCUAUUACAGUCUUGCAGGACGUUACAUUUUUGAGACUACUUACUGAUCUUCUAGUCAAUAAUUUUGCCGAUGUUCGUGAAUUGUCCAAGGAAUUGUUGUUUGUGAUGAUAAGCGCAGAUGAAUCUAAACAAUUUCUAGACACAAUAAACACGAACUCUCUAGAAAGGACUGCUGAUUCACUAUUGAACAAAUAUGAAAAGGGUGAUGCAGGUGCUACAGUAUACGAGUUUAUUUUUACUAUUACUGGUUCACAGGGAAGCUUUGUUGACCGCACAAUUGGAACAUUAUCGCAAAUGAUACGAGAUUUGCGUGAUGACAGUAUUGGCUGUGCAGACAAUUCAAUCGGCGCACACUUUGCGGCUCUGAGCGCAGUUCUGGAUAAGUAUAACUUUCAAGAAAAUAUUCAGGAUACAUCCAACAUAAUCUCCAAAUCAAUAGAUCUCGUACUUGCGAACUGGGAAGCCACGAAGAGUGUAGUAUGUCAUGAUUCAGCACACGGUAUAUUGCCUGAGAAAUAUAUUGAUUGCGGGGUUCCAGAUCAAGUAAUAAUAAGCCAUGCAUUUAGAGCUAUUAAGGAAGCAUCUGCCUUGACCGAAACUAUAUUAAAAAGAUACCCUUUAACGGGUGAUCAAUUAAGCUGUAUCGGCGAUCUUUUCACACUUCAACUUUCAACCAUUCGUCAUAGCGGUGCAUUCCAAGCUGUUCUACCCGGUCUUAGGACAUAUUGUGUUCGUUGCCAGCUCGAAUCUCCCGCAAUCUUGGAGGAGCUUUUAGCCAAGAGUAUGAAGUCUUUAGAAUCUAAAACCCAACAUAUUACAAGAAGGUCGGGAGGCUUGCCCUUUUUGGUAACAACCGUCCUAGGUGCAGAGGUAACUAAGGGGAGACCUUUAUUGCAAAGUAAUUUCAAAAAAUUAUUAUUCAUUGCAAAGCUUCCAGUUCCUCCCCACCAAGAUGAAUUCGACUUACCCCAGGUUAAUGCUAUAAAUUGUAUAAACGCGAUAUUUGUUGAACCAAAGCUCUCUGAACACUGCACGCCAUUUGUUUCUAAUGCUUUAGAAAUAGCCUUAUUGAACUUUGAUUGUGAGAUAUGGGCUUUACGGAACUGUUCAAUUAUGCUGUUCACCUCCUUACAAAAUAGAAUUUUUGGGAAAGUGGGUAGAAGCGUCAGUGCAAAAUUAUUUUUCACCAAGUAUUCAGGUCUGAGAAGUCUACUAUUAGAUAUUUUAAACAUUUCGGUUUCUCAAGGAUCUAGUGAUGAGAAGAAAAACUACAAAGUUGAGAGUAUUUUCUUAAUCCUCAACGUGUUACUUAGGUUGAGGCCCACACCAGGUUACACUGGAUUGAACGAAUUUCGUGGUUUGGUUUACAAAUGUUUAUCUAAUGAGAAUUGGAAGAUCAGAGACAUGGCAUCCAGAGUUUUGAAUUCGUUGUCUGAAAAUCCAGAAGAAGAAACAAGAAAACUGCUUGAUUUGGCAUCCACUAAGAGACAAAACCAGUUGCAUGCGCACUUGCUGGCUCUUCAGCACAUAGCCCCACCAUACCUUGAAGAGAAUACUGAUAGUGAGUUAAUCCAAAAAAUAUUUGAAAAGAAAAGCGAGUUUUUAGUGAAUAACAAAUGUUUCGUUACACAAAAGGCCUACUUAGAAUUAACACGGUCUAUAUUAGGAAACAAUUGUGGUACACCAGAACCUAUUCUAGAGGACUAUAUUAGGGCUCUAAGAAAUGUAUUUACUUCUGAGAAUAAUGAAUAUGCCAUCAACGGUAGUAAACAGCUAUAUCUUGCUCAAGUGCUAGGUUUUCUCUUGGAGUAUGAGGAUAGCGCGCAUUUUGAAGAUAUCUAUUUAUUGGGAUUGUACUCUCCAUUUUAUGAAGUUCAACUUAAAACACUACAGCAUAUGGAUACCCAUUUUGACUGGAUUACAAUGAGAAGUUCAGAGUUUCUCGAAACACUACAAGUACUACUCCAAGUUGAGAAUUUAUUGCCCAUGGCCAAGGCUUUAGUUGUAAAAAUUCUAUCAAGAAAGGAGGGUGCUCUAUCCUUAUCCACAUCUACUCACCUCAUCGAAAAGGAUAACAGCGAAGAAACAAAACUCUCUGCCAUCUCAUCGCUAAGCGCUCAAUUGUCUUCAGGAACAUUUAAUCAGAUUUGGAGUUUGAUGCAGGAAUUUUUCUCCGAUUCUUGUUCUAAGGAUUUUAGGCUAGCAUCUCUGAACUGUUUAGUCGCCUAUCCUGGUAGUGACAAAAACUUUAAGAUAUUGCUUCAAUUAUUCAACUUUUUAUGGGACGAUGAUUCAGAAAUAAGAGAAAAGGCUUCAUUUUAUUUGAAUAAAAACUUUAUUCAAUCUGAAGAUUGGGAAUGCAAUAAAAAUAUUGGUGUAACAACUCUUCUUUUUACGAGGAAGUUUGCUGAAACUUUUACUGGCCCUGACGUCAUAGAAGAGUUGUGGUCACAGCUGUUUCAAUAUGUGAAUGAAUGUGAUAUUUUUGCUGCCGAAAAAUCAGCAACGAACAUUCUCUUUACUACAGAAAAAGACAACCAGUUUAUUAAUGAACUUGAACGGGCAAUGCGUUUGUUUGACAUUAUAAAAUUGACUGGAAAAGAUAUUCCAGGGCGUUACAAGGAUAAGAUAUCCUACAUGAAGAACACUCUACUAAAGCAUUUCAACAAUGAGAACAUCAGAGACUGUCCCAUUGGCUGGUGUUCUAAUGCUGAAGUUUUUUCAAGAGUUACGUUAUUGAAGAUAUUGAUUCAGUGCUACUUUCCUUCAGAAUAUCUCAGUUUUAUCGAUGAACUAACAAAACAUUGUGUUCAUCCAUUGAUCAUUAGUUUUUCUCAAUACUAG